AAAUUGUUUAUUUUAUAUUGUAAUGUAAAUAAUUGUAUACUUUGUACAAUUCAAACUGUGCGCAACUCUCACGCUCUCAUGGCUGCAGUUCGAGAUUUCUUCCUAGUUCCUGCUUCUUUCUGAUUCUGGCAGAAAGGAAGUAAAAGAGUGGGAGAGAAAAAUAUCUGCGGGCGAGAGAGUCUCGGAGAAUCUGAGAAACCCUAGAAAUCCGCAGUCAUGGCGUCGUCGAAAGUGAUGGCGUCCGCUAUGUCGUCGAAUUCGGAUCUACCGCGGCAGUCCUCUAUAUGUUCUCUUACAAUUGCGGAGCUCCAGGGUGAUCAGAGCAGAAACUUCGGCUCCAUGAGCAUGGACGAGCUUCUCAAGAACAUCUACACCGAAGCUAGCAUCUCGACGGAGGUGUUUCAGGCCGCUGGAGGAGCCGAUUCCGCUGUUGGAGCCUCCGCCGCCGCCAUGUCGCUGUCGCGGCAGGGGAGCUUGUCCUUGCCGAAGAACGUUGGGAACAAGACGGUGGAUGAGGUGUGGAAGGAGAUCGUGUCGGGAAAUGAGCAGAGGCGGGGAGGUGCGGGGGUGGGUUUGGAGGAGAUGACGUUGGAGGAUUUUUUGACCAAGGCUGGGGCUGUUAGGGAGGAGGAAGUGAGGGUUUCGGGGGUGCCGCCUGGGCCGGAGAAUUACGGUGUAGAUUCAAUGUUUCAGGUGCAGAGCAUAGAGGGGCCGAUGGGGGUGGGGUUUGGGAAUGGUAUUGAUGGAAGAGUAGUUGGGGUAGGGAGGGGAAAGAGGAGGGCCGUGGAGGAGCCCGUGGAUAAGGCUACACAGCAGAAGCAGAGAAGGAUGAUUAAGAACAGAGAGUCGGCUGCAAGGUCCAGAGAACGAAAGCAGGCAUACACGGUUGAGCUAGAAUCGUUGGUUGCUCAGCUGGAGGAAGAUAAUGCAAGGUUGUUGAGAGAGGAGGCUGAGCAGACUAAGGAGAGGUUCAAGCAGGAGGGCAAUGUGUCAACAUCAACUUGCACUAAUGGAGAACCUGAUACCGGUUGUGGAGCAGCGAAAGCCACGACGUGUCCUUAGGAGAGUGCAAUCUGUGCAUUGGUAGAAGUUCCAAAUUCGUGGUUAGUAAUAAGAUGAAGAUAAUGGUUUCUGAGCUUGGGGGAGGGGCGGUGAAGAGCUCCUUCACGCUGCUGGCAAUUUUAUAGAAAUAUAAAGAUGAAAAUUUCUGGAAAAAACAAAAAGAGGUUAAAAAGUAGGACCUUUAUUUAGUUAUUCUUCUAGUGACUACCUUGGGGGCAGUUGGUGUUCGUUCGCAUGGACAGUGAGAGUUGCAUCCAAAAGAUUGGGCAAUUUCAUUACAAUUGAAGAUGGAGAGCAAGUACCGUAUCAUACACAGCUCGUGUGAAUUCCCAUCAUAAUACCUAGGCGUUGUAAAGAGAAUAAGUCUUUUUUGUCAUUUGCGGCAUAUGCUUAUAGAAGGGAAAUUCUUGAAUCUCAACUAAUAUAAUGCUGAUGUUGAGUUAUGCUUUGUAUAUUGAAAGGACUGAUCGGGGGACCGUAGUGAUAUAUAUAUAUAUAUAUAUAUUUACUAAAUAACUAUUUAUAUUUAAAAAUAAUGAUGCUUUAAUUUAAUAGUAUGCAAUGAGGUGGCUUUAAUAGUGUAUAAA